UGCAACAAUGUUCUGCCUCUGGCUCCUCAUACUGGGGGCCCUGGGGCCCUUGGGCAACACUGAGGAAGGCCUCCAUUUCCCCACAUAUGAUGGCAAAGACCGGGUCCUGGAGCUGGGGGAGAAGAACUACAGGCAGCUGAUGAAGAAACAUGAGGUGUUCUGUGUCCUGCUCCAAACUGCACCCCCACCCGGGGACAAGGGUGCCCAGCGGCGCCUCCACCUGACCGAGAUGGUGCUGGAGCUCACAGCUCAGGUUCUGGAGAGGAAGCAAAUUGGAUUUGGACUACUAGACCCAAAGAAGAAUUCCAAGAUUGCAAAAAAACUUGGGUGCUCUGAGGAGGGCAGUCUCUAUAUCUUUAAGGAGGACAAUGUCAUCGAGUUCGAUGGGGAGAUGGCGGCCGACGUUAUCGUAGAUUUCCUUCUCGACCUGAUGGAGGAUCCAGUGGAAGUCAUUAACAGCAAGGCGGAGCUGAAGGUCCUGGACCACAUGGAGGAGGAAAUGAAACUAAUUGGCUAUUUUAAGGGCGAGGAUUCUGAGUAUUACAAAGACUAUGAAGAAGCCGCGGAACAUUUCCAUCCUUAUAUCAAGUUCUUUGCAACCUUUGAGAAGUCGGUGGCCAAGGCCCUCAGCCUGAAGAUGAACGAGGUGGACUUCUAUGAGCCUUUCAUGGAGGAGCCUGUGACCAUUCCAGAUAAACCCUACAGCGAGGAGGAACUGGUGGACUUUAUCCAGAAGCACAAAAGAGCCACAUUGCGCAAGCUCCGCCCAGAAGAUAUGUUUGAGACCUGGGAGGACGACCUGGACGGGAUCCACAUUGUGGCGUUUGCAGAGGAGGAGGAUCCAGACGGUUACGAGUUCCUCCAGAUCCUGAAGGAGGUUGCGCGGGAGAACACGGAGAAUCCAGAGCUGAGUAUCAUCUGGAUCGACCCCGAUAACUUCCCUCUGCUGGUUUCCUAUUGGGAGAAGACAUUUCACAUCGACCUGUUCCGACCGCAGAUAGGAGUUGUCAAUGUUACAGAUGCCGACAGCGUCUGGAUGGAAAUGAAAGAUGCCGAAGAUCUGCCCUCGGCCGACGAGCUGGAGCAGUGGAUAGAGGAUGUCCUGUCUGGUAAAGUCAAUACAGAAGAUGAUGACGACGAUGAUGAUGACGACGAUGAUGAUGACGACGAUGAUGAUGAUGACGAUGAUGAUGACGAUGAUGAUGACGACGACGACGAUGAUGAUGAUGAUGAUGACGACGAUGAUUACUAAAAUAUCAUUCACACCAAGAACUGAAACGUUGGCUGAUCUGGGCCAAUACCCUUUAUAUCCCAUUAACAUUGGUCCGUUCCAUGCAGAACCAGAGGCCCAGAACCUGAUGUGGUUCCGCAAACCCGGUGCAGGAUCUGUCCUUCUCUUACAGAUCCUCCAAAUAUCUCAACAUCAUCUACGGAAACCGCGUUCCCCUGGAAUCCUACACUCCUGUCGGCACGGAGAUCCUGGAACUCACUCUCCAAGAAACACGGAGACGCCCAGUGGGUCAAAAUAGCCAUUUUAUCUGAGUCGGGGGUUUUGUUUCUUCUGUGUUCAUGAGUUUUGUCCCCUGGGGCAGAGUUUUGGUACUGGGCUGAUUAGUUGCCCCCCAAAUAAACUGUCGUAGGUUCUUUCCAUCGA